UCGGGGAGCUGCUGGUAGUGCUGGCAAGACAGCGAGAGAGAGAAAGAAGAAACAACUAGUGGAAAAGAGGAUUUUUCUCCCAUUUAACGGAUUUGUAACUCACAGCGGUCCGUCUGCAGGACGAAAAGGAGGACCAAACUGCCCCGUGAACCGGACAAAGCGGGUAUCUGAGAAGGUAAACCUGGUGCUUGAUGAGGCUGGACUCGAUGGAUUUUGCUUAUUGAUAUAAAUCAAAUUACCCCUAUGUAAUACCCUUAUUACAGUCCAGUCACUGUGUUUCCACCAUCAAAUGUUUCGACCAUGAGUUGUUUAUUCCUGUUUAGUUAAGAGAUCUACCAACCUAGAACGUCCUUCAGGGCUUUUGUGGAUUACGUGAACCAGCCUCAGUGAUAUUUAACCAGAUUUCCUCUGCUUUACGCAGAACUACCCUUAAUCAAAGCCACAAUGUAUGGAAGCGCCCGCUCAGUGGGCAAAGUGGAGGGCAACCACAGUGGAGGAAGCAACCAAAGCCCUGGCCGCUCACCUCGCCUGCCCCGUUCGCCCCGGCUAGGCCAUCGGCGCACAAGCAGCACAGGGGGCAGUGGCAGUGGAGGCCCGGGUGGCAAAACCCUCUCCAUGGAGAACAUUCAGUCACUUAACGCUGCCUACGCCACUUCCGGCCCUAUGUACCUGAGCGACAAUGAGGUGGUGGCCUCUGGACCGGACCUGCCAAAGAGCACCAUGACGCUCGGCCGCUCGGGGGGCCACCUUCCCUAUGGCGUCCGCACCACUGUGAUGGGCAGCAGCCCCAACAUAGCAACCGGUGUGCCCGGCUCUGUGGCCAGCGACUCCAUUGCCUUCGGGGACCACAUGCCCUCCAGCAUGGCAUCCACCGUGCCCCACUCGCUGCGGCAGGCGCGCGACAACACCAUCAUGGAUCUGCAGGCACAACUGAAGGAGGUGCUGCGGGAGAACGAGCUCCUGCGCAAGGAGGUGGAUGUGAAGGAAAGCAAGCUCAGCUCCUCCAUGAAUUCCAUCAAGACCUUCUGGAGCCCCGAGCUGAAGAAGGAACGCGCGCUCCGCAAGGAUGAAGUCUCCAAGAUUGCAGUGUGGAAGGAGCAGUACCGAGUGAUACAGGAGGAGACACAGCACUUCCAAAUGACCAUCCAGGCUCUGCAGGAUGAGCUGCGCAUCCAGCGUGACCUGAACCAGCUGUUCCAGCAGGACUGCAGCGUUCGGCCAGGCGAGCCUUUCUCCGCCGAGCUCACAGAGGAGAACUUCCAGAGGCUUCAUGCUGAGCACGAGCGGCAGGCCAAGGAGCUCUUUCUCCUGAGAAAGACUCUAGAGGAGAUGGAGCUGCGCAUAGACACGCAGAAGCAGACGCUCAGCGCCCGUGACGAGUCCAUCAAGAAGCUCCUGGAGAUGCUGCAGAGCAAAGGGUUGUCGGCCAAAGCCAGCGAGGAGGACCACGAGCGCACACGCCGCCUGGCUGAGGCAGAGAUGCACAUCCACCACCUGGAGAGCCUGCUGGAGCAGAGGGACAAGGAAACCUCUGCACUGAGGGAGGAGAUCCACCGACGCUAUGAGGGAGCACCGGAAUCUGCCAAAACCAAAGCCCUGCAGACAGUCAUUGAGAUGAAGGACUCUAAGAUCAAUUCUCUAGAGCGCAGUCUGAGGGAUCUGGAAGAGGAGGUUCAGAUGCUGAAGUCAAAUGGAGCUCUGAGCACGGAAGAGAGGGAGGAGGAGAUGAAACAAAUGGAGGUGUACCGCAGUCACUCGAAGUUCAUGAAGAACAAGGUAGAGCAGCUGAAGGAGGAGCUGUCUCACAGUGAGGCCCAGGGCGAGGAGCUGAGAAAGCGGGCGGCUGAGCUGCAGCAGGAGGUCUCUGCAAUCGACCAGGUGAAGCAGGACCUGUCCAGAAAGGACACUGAACUGCUGGGCUUGCAGACUAAACUGGAGACGCUCACCAAUCAGUUCUCAGACAGCAAGCAGCACAUUGAAGUUCUCAAAGAGUCUCUAACUGCCAAAGAACAGCGAGCUGCCAUCCUACAGACCGAGGUGGAUGCUCUGCGUCUGCGUCUGGAGGAGAAGGAAACCAUGUUGAACAAGAAGACUAAGCAGAUCCAGGAGAUGUCAGAGGAGAAAGGCACACUUAAUGGAGAAAUUCACGACCUGAAAGACAUGCUCGAUGUGAAAGAGCGCAAAGUCACUGUGCUUCAGAAGAAGAUUGAGAACCUGCAGGAACAGUUGAAAGAUAAGGAGAAGCAGAUGAGCAGUCUGAAGGAGCGGGUCAAAUCCCUGCAGGCCGACACCUCCAACACUGACACUGCUCUCACUACGCUGGAGGAGGCUCUGGCUGAGAAGGAACGCAUUAUCGAGCGUCUGAAGGAGCAGAGAGACAGAGACGAGAGGGAGAAGGGCGAGGAGCUGGAAAACAACAAGAAGGAACUGAAAGAGCUGAAGGAGAAAGUCAGCUUGCUGCAGGGAGACCUGUCGGAUCGUGAGACGACUCUGUUGGAUCUAAAGGAGCACGCCUCAUCUCUGGCCUCCUCUGGUUUGAAGAAGGACUCCAAGCUCAAGACUUUUGAGAUUGCUCUUGAGCAGAAGAAAGAGGAGUGCAUCAAGCUGGAGAAUCAGCUCAAGAAGCACACUGAGCACAUGUCAGGCCAUCCCUCCAAUCUUGCUCAUACAGCAGCUGUAGAGGCUCAGGCGAACACAGAGCUGUCAGACCGCAUCAGCGCACUGGAGCAGGAGGUAGCACGCCACAAAGAGGAUGCUGGGAAGGCCCAAGCUGAAGUGGACCGUCUGCUGGAGAUUCUCCGAGAGAUGGAGAAUGAGAAAAACGACAAGGACCGCAAGAUCAAUGAGCUGGAGAGACAGCCAUCCCCAGUGGCUUCAUUGCGCUCCGUGCCCCAGCAGGUGACAGACCCUGUGCCACAACAAAUUGGGGGGCUAAUGUGGGACUACCUGGGCAAUUUGGCUUCAAGGCAGAUGAAGGACCAGAGCAAGAAGGUGGCCACCCUUAAGCACAAGGAGCAAGUGGAGAAGAACAAGAAUGCUCAGCUGAUGGAGGAGGCGCGCAAGCGGGAGGAUAACAUCAAUGAAAGCUCUCAGCAGAUCAAGGACUCUCUCAAGCAGAAGGAUGAGCGUAUUGAGGAACUGGAGGAGGCGCUGCGUGAGAGCGUUCAGAUCACUGCAGAGAGAGAGAUGGUGCUCGCGCAAGAGGAGGCUGCACGUACACAUGCUGAGAAACAGAUGGAAGAGCUGCUAGCAGCGAUGGAGAAGGUGAAGCAAGAGCUGGAGUCCAUGAAGGCCAAGCUUUCGUCUACUCAGCAGUCCCUGGCUGAGAAAGAGGCCCACCUGACCACACUGAGAGCGGAGCGCAGGAAGCAUCUGGAGGAGGUCCUGGAGAUGAAGCAGGAGGCACUACUGGCAGCCAUAAGCGAGAAGGACGCCAACAUAGCACUUCUGGAACUGUCCUCCUCCAAAAAGAAGAAGACUCAGGAUGAAGUUGCUCUCCUGAAGAGGGAGAAAGACAGACUGGUGCAGCAGCUUAAACAGCAGACGCAGAACCGGAUGAAGCUAAUGGCCGAUAAUUAUGAGGAUGACCAUCUGAAGGCUUCCUCGCACUCGGACCAGACUAAUCACAAACCCUCUCCAGAUCAGAUUAUCCCCCCUCUCAUAGACCUCAAUCAGAACCGCAGUAAGUUGAAACUCUACAUCGGCCACCUCACGGCCCUUUGUCACGAGAGAGACCCCCACAUCCUGCAGGACCUGGCCCCGCCCUCCGCUUAUCACCGUAGCCAACAGGACGCCUGGGAGGAGGAGCUACAGAAGAUGAGCCUUGAGCAGCUGGAGUCAGAGCUGGAGCAGUGCGAGAAGGAGAGCGCUGAGCUGCAGGAGUACGCCAACUCCGUCCUGCAGCAGAUCGCAGACCACUGCCCAGACAUCCUGGAGCAGGUGGUCAAUGCACUGGAAGAGUCAUGCUGACCGCAGCAGGCCCCUACCCUGACCAGCUCUUGUGGAAAAAAAAACUUCUCACCAAAGCCAAAUCUGCCUCCUCUCACUGGCUUCUUUUAACUACCCACUAUGUCUAAAAAGCUCAAGGACACCAGCACGCGUCCACAAACACCCCUCCAAACUGCAGACAGGAAGGAGCCGAGUGUAAAGGGGGAGAGCAUCCGCUCACAGAAGUGCAUGGGACUGCUGAAUAGCCCUCAGGGGGGUCAGCAUCAGCACCUGGACCGGAGUCUUCUCCUCACUCUGUCCAUCACCACCCACUCUUUUCAUCCUGUCCAUGCUUUCAUCUGCUAGUUUACCCUAAGUGUUUACAGCUUAUUUACACGCAUAAACACAUGGAGGAAGAGGCUUAGACAAACAGAAUUAGGUGCAGUAUUAAAGGGGAAGCCAAUUAACUUGCAGUAUAUCACAAAAUUUGCCCCCAAGGUUUGCUCUUGCCUGACAGCGUGCUCUCUCUGGGCUAAUCCAACCACAGGCCUCAUAAAUCUGCACAUAUGGUAGAAAGCUUACAGACAUGGGAUCGUUUCUGAAAAAUUUCACAUGUUGUUCUUCUUUUUGCUACAUUUCUUGAUGUCACUCUAAUUUUGGAUCUGUUACAGUGGAGGAGUCAUUAGCAGUCAGUCAAAGCCGUUUGAAUUCGUCCUGAUUUUAUAGACGCUCCAGUACGGCUGUUUUGGCGAAAAUAUCUAAUUGCAAUUUUUCUGACCAAUAUUGUGAUUGUAAUCUAGACGUCCAGCACAUCCAUGGCUUUGGACUGGAGGCUGGAACACUCACUAAAUUGUCCCAAUUAAAACUAAAGACAACAGUGAAUUAUUAAAUAUUGUAGGCUAUAAUUAAAAUUGCAGUCCUCAGCUACCAGUUCCUGCCCUUAUUUUCCGUAGACGUCCUUUGCUUUUUACAGUAACAGAAGGGAUGAUGUGGAUGAUGUUCAUAUUUUUGAUGAGAUGUCUGUCUACAAGAGCAGGGAGUUACCUUUUUUGUAGUUUUAUUGCUGCUACCAUUUGUCUCUGUCAUGGUUGAGUUUUGUAUUGUAUUUGAGGACGACUGUAAUAUUGGAGAGGUACAGAAGGUGCAUCAUCAUUGACGUGACCAUCAGCGGCUCACAAAAGCUCACUUCAUUGACUAGCUGUGUCUUCAUAUCACUUGACGUGGGUUAAUUAUGUUCAUAUAGUAUAACAGGACACUUCACAUAGGAAUUGGGGGUUGGCAGAGGGAUUUGUUGAUGGGUGUAUAAUAUUCACAUAAUUGCCAGAACAAGGGCUCCAGGAAACUGAUAUAAGCAGUAAAGACAUGGGUUGGUUCCAUUGCUCUCUCACCUCACAGUGGUGGCAGGUUAUUAUGAGGCUGUUUGUUGUGGGAUGUGAUGUCGCUAUCACUGAGAUUUUCCAUGUUUUCUUUCCCUCGCUUAAACUCAGACCCCUCUGUUACCACAUGGAUAUAGUUUAUGACUAUAUGAGUGUCUAUCUGUAGGCCAAGGGUGUCCGUCUUGUUGAGCUCCGGACAUCAGUGUGAUAAGACGUAACCUUGUUCAACUCAUAAUAAAUAUUGCCUCAUGACCUGCAUAGUUUUGCCAUUGCUUUAAAGUCCAGAGUUGAUUGCUUCUCUGUGGAUGACACUAGGCGUUGCCUUCUGUUCUCUCCCUCCCUUCCUUUAUCCUUUCUUCUCCCACAUCUUCCCUCUCUCGUUUCUGGCCGUGUGGUUCGUAGCUGUAGAUGUGCUGUUACUCAUCCACUUCUCUGCUGUGAUAAGCCGGGCAAGUGCGAAAUAAUGUUAUCUUUGUCUAUCUCACACACACACACACACACAGUUGUGCUACCAAACGCAACAUUGAAAAUGCCUCAACACCACAUUGAAGUACUAUUCAGAUGGGAUUAGUUGUAUUGGGAGGUGGGCUAAUGUGUUUUUUUACCAAAGUGAUUUAACCCUGUCGUUUUUGCACUCCCACAUCAGUAACGAUUCUAGCACCUUUUAAAACAAACUUCACAAUAGCCCCUUGCUGUGAAAUAUAAUAUAAUAUAAUAACCCCAGAUUAUAUUAAUCCCAUGCUAUAAAAGGAACCAUAGAAAUUAUUUUAACCCCGUGCUAUAAAACGAACAGUUUAAAUAGCCCCAAGUUAUAUAUUAAUCCUCUGCAAUAAAACUACCAUACAAAUAACCCCAGGUUAUGUUAAACCCAUUCUAUAAAACAAACCAUAGAAAUAACCCCAAAUUAUUUUAACCCCGUUCUAUAAAACAAACCAUAGAAAUAACCCAGGUUGUAUUAGUCCUGUGAUAUAGAACUACCACACAAAUAACCCCAGGUUACAUUUAUUCUGUGCUAUAAACAAACCAUAGAAGUAACUUGACUCAAAGAAUAGUUUGUGGUCUCUGUGCCUCAAAUCAAGCUGAUGUGUUAUCCUGCCUCAAGCAUUCGACUCCAAACAUUAAAACAUUUAAACUGUCAGGAAGAAAAAGAUGGUUUUAUGCGCUGCUGUUGUCUGUUGUAAAUCCCCAGGCUAAUGACCGUGCUAGUUGCAUUGCCUUGAGCCAGCUAGAUAGAUGGUUAGGGUAAACUAAAUAACAGCUAUGCUUUGACAUGUUUUCUACUUUUUUUGGGAGUGAAGUCAGUGCGUAAAUCACCCUCCCAUCCUUGUAACUUAUCCCGUGUGAAUUAGUCAUAAACAUUUCAGAUGUCCUAAGGUAAAAUUACAUUACCUCACCUCCCUAUGGGAAACUAAUCCCAUGCUAAUAGUACUAAAGACAGAUAAAAGGGAAGGGAGACUUCUGUUUCCAGACACUGGAUUUACGCAGAUGCAGGCUGGACUCAGCAUUUCUUCUGCCAUUGAUCGACAUUGUAUUGUACAUUGUCAGAAGCCGUGAGCCAUUCCAUGCUAUGUUUAGUAUAUUUGAUGAUCCAAAGGGCAGUGAGAUCGCUGUUGUGCCAGUGUUUUUAAUAGUGUGUGUGUGCGUGUGUGUGUGUGUGGCCAUAGUCCCUCAUUUUAUAUUGGCAAUAUCAAGGAAACUCCCAUUCGCGUGCCAUUCUCACCCUUGGCACCAGAGAUGUUAUUACAGGGACUACACGGCAUGUCCAUAAAUGUUUAUCCGAUCGUUUUAUUAUCUCAGUUACUCCUGAUAGGGUUCCUAAGCAAGACCAUGCGUCCUGGUCCGUCCUGAGAGAUCUCUGCUAAGCUACGCUGCUUCUCUUGCUCUCUCAUACUGUACGUAGUCCCUCUCACUGUCUCUUCCACACGUAUACAGAGAUUUGGCUUGGCACCCUCAGGUCUCUGAAAUAUGGGGCUCAGUUAUCAAGGCUGUGGCUGAAUAUCCAAGCUUAGACUAAACACAGGCCUCUCACACACAUGCUUACUCUUGCACUUGCACAUACACACACACACGUACACACACCCUGCGGAUUUCUGAGCCUUGCUUUAGGGGCCGGGCUUUUAACACCGCUCUCCCUGCCUCCGUUCAACUCGGAAUACCUCUGAGAAUCCAUAAACAAGACAAAUAUGCAGUGAUAACCAGGAACAGAUCAGAGAGGGAGAGGGAAGAACUCUGUCUGUCUGUGUGUCCAUCAAUCCAUAUGUCAGAGGUAGUGAUUCUCGCUGUCUUUCUUGCUCUGGUAUUCGUGUGAUUGCUGGUUAUGGGCAGAGCUAAUCACACAG